AAGGCCCACCAGGCCUUAAGCAGGGAGCAGUAGGGAACUGGACCUGUCCAUCCAGGGCGUCAGCCUCCUGCAGGUCUGGGCCAUGGGUAACGUAGUGGAGGGCAAGUCGGUGGAGGAACUGAGCAGCACUGAGUGCCACCAGUGGUACAAGAAGUUCAUGACUGAGUGCCCCUCUGGCCAGCUCACACUCUAUGAGUUUCGCCAGUUCUUUGGCCUCAAGAAUCUGAGUCCCUCGGCCAGCCAGUAUGUGGAACAGAUGUUUGAGACCUUUGACUUCAACAAGGAUGGCUAUAUUGACUUCAUGGAGUAUGUGGCCGCACUCAGCCUCGUACUCAAGGGCAAAGUGGAACAGAAGCUGCGCUGGUAUUUCAAGCUCUACGACGUCGACGGCAACGGGUGCAUAGACAGGGAUGAACUGCUUACCAUCAUCCGGGCCAUCCGAACCAUUAACUCUUGGAGCGACUCAUCCAUGAGCGCCGAGGAGUUCACAGAUACUGUGUUUGCUAAGAUCGACGUCAACGGGGAUGGGGAACUAUCGCUAGAGGAAUUCAUGGAGGGGGUCCAGAAGGACCAAAUGCUUUUGGAUACCCUGACACGAAGCUUGGAUCUGACCCGCAUCGUGCGCAGACUCCAGAACCGCGAGCAGGAGGAGGCGGGAGCUGGGGAUGCAGCUACAGAGGCCACAGGCUGA